CACACCAACACGCAUAUUGCAUGGAGAGUUCCUCCAAUUACCCGAUUUGCCUUGCCUACCUCGGUGAAUUCGGUGCCUUGUCUCGGAAGACUCCCAGUUCAUUUUCUUGUGAGAGCCAUCUCCCAUCUGUUGAGAGAUAAGAAGGCACAUCUGUUCUUAUCUCCCCACUUGCCUCUCUGUCUCGUCGUCUUUGCGACUCCGACUUCCAUCCUCUUUCGUCUGGUCCUCGUCCUAGCUUUUCGAAUCUCAACCGCUAUCAACCAUGCCGAACCGAUCCGCCGGUGCGUUUUCCCAAGACUGGGAUCCAGUCGUCAUCCACAAGCGGCCACAGAAGGCCGCCGACACCAAGGAUCCGAAACUCGUGAACGCAGCGAGGCGGCAAGGAGCAGCGAUAGAGUCUGUCAAGAAGUACGAUGCAGGAACUAACAAGUCCGGGAGUGCAGUGAAUCCCGCGAUGCACUCCCGAAAGCUGGCGGAGGAGACGGACGUGUUGGCUCACGAGAAGGUGUCGGUAGACGUGAAGACGGCGAUUCAAAAGGCCAGGCUGGACGCCAAGCUCACGCAGGCCCAGCUGGCGCAGAAGAUUAAUGAGAAACCUCAAGUUGUCCAAGAGUACGAGUGCGGGAAGGCCAUACCUAACCCACAGAUUCUGGGGAAGAUGGAAAGAGUGCUGGGGGUGAAGCUGCGGGGAAAGCUCAAAUAGGCGUGUUGUACCAAGCAACCUGAUUGUUCAAAAUCUUGUGCUGAAAACAUCUUUCGCCUUUUCCUAACGAUAGCUGGGGUUUUUCGCCUUUUUACUGCUGGAUGCCUUGCGUGCAGUGCACGCAUCCCACAUCUCUGGGUCCCCAAUAAGCGCACACAUUAUGCCUUCCUCCUCUCCUGCCUCUUCCGUACCCACCCUCUGUUAAAGAGCUGAGCUAGCUAGGCAUAGGAAAUGUUGAGGGAGAAAAGUUGAUGAGGGAAAAGAGGCAUCGUCUAGGAGGAGGAAGAGAUAGAAGCAGGGGGGGUUAUCCCCUCUACAGUAGGAUCCUGUAAUGAGUACAUCUACCAAGCCUAAACGAAUAUAUAUAUAAAUUAUAU